AUGUAUUUUUCCGAUGGUUCAGCAUCUCAAUAUAAAAAUCGCUACAAUUUGCUAAACUUGCUACAUCAUGAAGAAGAUUUUCAAAUAACAGCAGAAUGGCAUUAUUAUGCAACUCAUGGAAAAGCUCCAAGCGAUGGUUUAGGCGGAACAUUAAAGCGAUUGGCUGAUAGAGCCAAUCUCCAAUCAAAAAGUGGAGAAAAAAUUCAGAACCCCGAUGAGCUGUUUAUUAAACAGUGUUUAAGUGGGCAAACAAAAUGUCCAGUGAAUCACUUCGUUUCGAUAAGCAGAUUCAGCGUACUGAGAAGGAACUUAACAGAAGGUUUAAAAAUGCUCUACCAAUACAAGGAAUCCGAAGUUGUCAUGCCGCCGUUCCUAUUUCGAGUGAUGUGA